ACCGUUUUAGUCAUUUCACAAUUCAUAUUCCCCUUGUAAGUUGUAACAGACACACUAUUCAACACUCCCCUUUUUUGUUUCGGCUCACACUGUUAUUCCACACGGUGAUCGUGUUUUCUCCUCCGUCGUUUCCCGUCGAGCUACGGAUAUCUCCUUCAGAUGACUACCAGCGGAGGCAGUAGAGGCGACAGCAACGAGUCUUCACAGAAGGGUACAACCAUGGCUGUCUCUCCUAACUCUGACGUUGACCAAUUGAACCAGGGUUUUGUAGAUAUGAGCCUGAAUUCCAACCAAGACAACAGUUGGGACCUCUUUUUGGGAAACAAAAAUGGAGAUGGAGGUGGUUGGCGUUCAUGGGUUCAACCUGAUACCAAGAAAACUGAUGAAUCAGCUAACAAUCAAAUUUCUGGGGAUUACAUUUAUGUAUCUGAAGAUGAACUUUUAAGUGAUGAUUAUGAUUCAGACGACAGUCAAGAGAGCCAUGACACCCGUAAAAAGAACCCAUGGUUUUCUGAAUUCUUUGGAAUUUUAGAUGAUCUGACACCUCAGCAAAUCAACGAGCCAGUUAGACAAUGGCAUUGUCCAGCUUGUCAGAAUGGCCCUUGUUCUAUAAAGUGGUAUCGAGGUAUGAAAUCAUUUCUCACACAUAUCAAAACCAAAGGGACACGAAGGCCAAAGCUUCAUAGAGAUCUUGCUAAACUUUUGGAUGAAGAACUUUGUAGAAGAGGGGCUAUGGUGAUUCAAAGUGGUGAGUCUUAUGGAAAAUGGAAAGGACUUGAUAAAGAUGUUAAAGAUCAUGAAAUUGUCUGGCCUCCAAUGGUGAUUGUCAUGAAUACACAGCUUCAACAAGAUGAAAAUGAAAAGUGGAUUGGAAUUGGAACUCAAGAGCUUCUUAGUUACUUUGAUUCAUAUGAAGCUGUGAGAGCCCGAAGCUCAUUUGGGCCUGAAGGGCAUAGAGGGAUGAGUGUGUUGAUAUUUGACACGUCAGCAGUUGGGUAUCUUGAGGCUGAGCGUUUAAGCAAGGAGUUUGAACAUGAAGGCUUAGGUAGAGAUGCGUGGGAUCAUUACCCAAAUGUUUUCCAUCUUGAGGGUAAUAAGAGGCAAUUAUACGGUUUCAUGGCUACAAAAGAAGACUUGGAAAUCUUUAACCAAUACUCACAUGCAAAAUUAAAGAUGAAGUUUGAGUUGGUUUCGUAUCAAGAGAAGGUUGUGAAAAGGUUGAAGCAAAUGAAUGAGGAUAGCCAACAGUUGCAUUGGUAUAAGAAAAAAGUAGCCAAACAAGAGAUAAGUUUAAAAGCACUUGAAGAAAGCUUCUGGAUAGUGUCUCAAAAGCUGAAAAAACUUGAAGAAGAAAGCCGCAUUGUGAGAGAAAGAACACAACUUUACCAUGAACAAAACAAAGAAGAGAUGGACUUCCAAGAAAAGUUUUUUAAGGACCAACUGAAAGUGAUUCAAGAUGCGCGAAAUGCAUACAAAAAGGAAGAAAGCAAGAGGAUUGAGAAAUCUUGUGUAGAUGAAAGGAAGGAGAAGGUUGAAAGUUGAAAAGAAAUGAAGGGAAAAGUUGAUGAAGUUGCAUGAAGAAGAGAUGAUGGAAAUGAAGAGUAAGCUAGUUGAUUAAUACUACUAGGUCCUAAUUAAUGUUUAAAAAAUACUUUAGUGUCGUUUUAAACCUUCUAAUGGUUAUAGUUUUGUGGAGGUGGUUAUGUAAGUAUUUUGAUUUUAGGGUUUAAUAUGUAAAACUUUGACCCCUUUUGCUUUAUGUGUCUUGUUUACUUCA